GGGUGAGGGCCUGGUGGGAGAUGGGAAGAGUGGCUAAGGAAAGCGAGCUGGUGUGUGUCUGCCCCUGUCACUGUCUGUCUCUGCCACUUCCCGCCUUGACUCUGUAAAGCGCAUGUUGUCAAUGUCUCCCUUCAGGAUCAUCUCCCGGGUUAAGCGUCAUGUGUAGGCAGAGUGCAUUGUUCACACUGUGAAAGAUUGCCAGUUUAACCAUCCCACCACCCCUGGAGAAGGCAGUCCUUGCCCAGUGCUCCAGUGUCACCUUUCUGGUGACAGAGUAUGGGAACUGAAUGCCUUCUGAGGCCAUAUUGCCCUGCCCCCAGGCUGGAAGUGCCCCAGCCUCUAAGCCGUACUUUCCCUUACGAUUUAGAACUUUAGCAAACGUGAAAAGCGAGACCUUGGUCCUUUAUGAUAAAGGAGGAGGUGAGGGUGGCAUAAGAGGCCACCACUCCAACUCAGUCAUGCUUCCUUGCUUACCCAGUUUUGAAAAAGGCCCGGGGAAUGGGAAAGAGAGGAGGACUUUCCCUGGAGCUCUCUGCCACCCCCUCCCACCUUUCAAUAGGAACUGGGCAUGGAGCCAGCUGUGCUGGCAGGGCCUCCAGCAGCUGUGUCAGGGCAAGAGACGCUGUCGGGUAAAGUUGUAGGGGAGGGCGCUGCCGGGUUUUCUCCAUCACACAGUGGGCGGACAGCCCCCGCCAGGAGCCUAGACUCCCCAUCCAGAAGGGCUGGAAAGUGCAGCAACUGGCAGGGAAAUUGUAACAACGAACAAUCUCAUCUUUCCAUCCCAGGUAGACCCUGGCCUCCAAGGCUGUGAGUGUCACCCAGUGGGGAAGUGGUAAGGGCCACCAUGUCAUCAUACCAGAAGGAGCUGGAGAAAUACAGAGACAUAGAUGAAGAUGAGAUCCUAAGGACCUUGAGCCCUGAAGAGCUAGAACAGCUGGACUGUGAGCUACAAGAAAUGGACCCCGAGAAUAUGCUCCUGCCAGCUGGACUGAGACAACGUGACCAGACAAAGAAGAGUCCAACCGGGCCACUAGACCGAGAUGCCCUGUUGCAGUACCUGGAGCAACAGGCGCUAGAAGUCAAGGAGCGUGAUGACUUGGUGCCCUUCACCGGCGAGAAGAAGGGGAAACCCUAUAUUCAGCCCAAGAGAGAAAUCCCAGCAGAGGAACAGAUUACACUGGAGCCCGAGCUGGAGGAGGCACUGUCCCAUGCUACAGAUGCUGAAAUGUGCGACAUCGCAGCGAUCCUGGGCAUGUACACGCUGAUGAGCAACAAGCAGUACUACGACGCCAUCUGCAGUGGGGAAAUCUGCAACACUGAAGGCAUCAGCAGUGUGGUGCAGCCUGACAAGUACAAGCCGGUACCAGAUGAACCCCCAAAUCCCACAAACAUCGAAGAGAUGCUAAAGCGAGUUCGAAGCAAUGACAAAGAGCUGGAGGAAGUGAACCUCAAUAACAUACAGGACAUCCCCAUACCUGUGCUAAGCGACUUAUGCGACGCAAUGAAGACGAAUACCUACGUCCGGAGCUUCAGUCUGGUGGCCACCAAGAGUGGUGACCCCAUCGCCAAUGCGGUGGCUGACAUGUUGCGUGAGAACCGGAGUCUCCAGAGCCUGAACAUCGAAUCCAACUUCAUCAGCAGCACAGGACUCAUGGCUGUGCUGAAGGCCGUCCGGGAAAACGCCACUCUCACCGAGCUCCGUGUAGACAACCAGCGCCAGUGGCCUGGUGAUGCAGUGGAGAUGGAAAUGGCCACCGUGCUAGAGCAGUGUCCCUCGAUUGUCCGCUUCGGGUACCACUUUACACAACAAGGACCGCGAGCUCGGGCAGCCCAGGCCAUGACCCGGAACAACGAACUGCGUCGCCAGCAAAAGAAGAGAUAGCGUCACCUUCCUUUUACCAACAAGAGAUGAGAGCCCUGGACACAUAAAUCCUCAUCUCUCUCCCCUUUCCUGUAAAUAAAAUCCCUUUUGUUCA